CUCCCAUCGCUGUCAUCAUUCUCUCAUCGCAAUGAAGAGUCUCAUUCACCCUUGUCCAUGUCAAUUGGUCUGCUCCAUUCUUGCCUCUUCCCACCUCUUUCCUUCUAUUGCUAGAUACCUAAGCACUUUAAUCAUACUUUACAUCCAUAUCUCUUCAGUCUUCUCUUCUCUAAUCCAAGUUGUCCCUCUAACGCACGUUCAUCCAUAUUUAUUUCUUUAAUCUAAUAUCUAAUAUCAGACACACAAGCACGUUGUGCGCCUUUUUUUAUUUUAUCCUAAAAUCAUGACACCGCACCCACAACAUGAUGAGACCUAUGCGACCAACAUGACGCCUCAACAACAUCGACAACAGGAGCGCAGACGCCAUGCUGAACUUUCUACCGCCGGUGCUGGUGUUGGUGCUGGCGCUGAUACUCUAGCAAAGGCACGGCGAGGCUCGUCUGCCAAGAAAAAGAGGUCUCGCAAGUGCAAAGUGGUCGUCUUGGGUACCAUUGCUCUACUCUUGAUCGCUGCCGCUGCAGUCUUGGCUUGGUAUUUUGCAGUCCACAAGAAGAAUCAGGACAAUAAGUCUAGCAAAGGAGGCAGUGGUCAUGCUCAAGGGAACACAGUGACCAAGCCUGACGGUACAGUUGUUCCUAACACAGUCCAACAGUUGAAACGCGUAUUUUAUGGCAUGGCCUACGUUCCAUUGAACGCUCAGCUUCCUAACUGCUACAACACUCAACAGACUGUGGAUGAGGAGCUCCAGCUUCUUGUGCAGACAACUAAGCGUGUGCGUCUUUACGGAACAGAUUGCAAUGUACUCAGGUAUACAAUCGAUGCGAUUCAACGUCUCAAAUUAGACUUGAAAGUCGUUGUCGGUAUCUGGAUCGAUAAGGACAGUGCAACUUUCACCCGUCAAUCCGCCGAGUUUUUUGCAGUGAUGAAGGAGUACGGUUGGUCGAACGUGAUUGGGGUCUCGGUCGGUAACGAGGUCAUCUUUGAUAACUAUCAACCCAUGGAUGUUUUAUUGGCUCAUAUUCAACAAGUGAAGAGCCAGGUCGUGGCAUCGGGCCAUCCUGAGAUCCCUGUUUUCACUUCAGAUCUCGAGAGCGCGAACAAGCCUCCGUUGACGAACCAUGAGGAUAAAGCCGGCGUCAAUUUACAUCCAUUCUUUUCAGGCGCACCUGUUUCAGAGGCUGCUUCAUGGUUCUGGAAAUACCUAGAGCAGUCUGUUAAGCCGGCUGUGAGCCAGGGCAAUGCCAAUCCAUUGGAUAUUUGGAUCACUGAAGUGGGCUGGCCUACAUUCCCAGGAAGCAGUAACACCAAUGCAUCCAUCCCAUCGAUCCCUAACCUGCAGACAUUUAUUGACACAUGGCUCUGUGAUGCGAAUGCAAAACAGCUUCCGUAUUAUUACUUUGAAUUCUUUGAUGCUCCUUGGAAGGUUUGGCCUGGUUCUGCAGUCGAGGGCUUCUGGGGCCUGUUGACAAUUGAUAAGAAACUGAAGGUCAAACUUCCCGAUUGCUUAGCCAGUUAAAGCUUGGCGCUUAAGUUUACACAUUGCAGUCCAUGGCCUAUAGCUCUAUUCCAUAUAGCCGAUAAAAUAAAAUAAUUUCUUCCUUCC